AGUGCACUGUUUGAUAACUGUCUUUUAUGGUGUCAAUAGCGGAGCAUUUUACCACUUGUCCACCAAGAUCCAAACUUCGACUAAUCUCUUUAAGAACUCGUUUACCUGUUUUAAUUCUAAGAUUUAUAAGUCUGGUUGUUUAUUUACUCGUAAGAAUAGAAGAAACGUCUAAAUCUUUAUUUCUAGUUACAUUGCCCUUCGUUUUGCGUUUGCACCUUGUUGUUGGUUUAAAUACGUCACACAACUAGUACAGCUGGAGGGAAGUUUUGUAAUAAAAAUCACAUGGUUGUGCGGUUAGGUUUUCAAAAAAUACACAAGAACAUUUGUUAUAACAACUUCAUUAUAAUGAAGUUUUUCACUGCAUAAUUUGAUCAUCUCUGUCUGCAUGAGCAAAACUACUAAAAUACAAGAUUUUCAUGGAAUGUAAUGAGAAAAGUCCAAUUUUAAUCUCGUGUUAUAAUCCUUCAACCAUGUUUAAUUAAUUACUAGAUUUUGACUCUAUUUUCAUAAAAAUCCUAGGCGUGUCACAUAGUAUCAAUUCAAGAUUUAAAUCGAAGAUGUAGUUCAAGCUAGCUCUAAUAUUGUGUCGCUUGGCUUUUAGAUUUUUUCUGUCUGAAAGUAUACUGCAUCUUAUAUUAGUUUUACCGCCAAAAAUCUGAAGAUUUAAAAGUAGAUUCUAAAUAAGCCCUGAUUUUAUUGGCUUACGCAUUAUUUUCUUAAAUAGUUACUCAGUUCUGAUGGAUUGGGAAUGUCUUACCAGAAAUAACCAGAGUUACGAAAAUAAUGACUAGUUGGAUUCGAUUGAUAUUAAGUCCGGCUAAUUGAUACUCAUUAGUAUGUAUUUGAUAUACCGUUAGAGAGACUGAUGCUUGCAGAAACAUAUUCUUGCAGAUAGGGAGGCUAACUCAUAGCUAAGUUAUGGCUGGCUUCUUAUAGAUAUGGAGUUUCCAUGAUGAGUGGUCACUUAGUAGCAGUCAAUUUCAUGGUCGUUUAGAACUUAGUGACUAUCGAAAUGCAAUGAUCAAGUUCUUACGCGCAUUCGCUUUCAAAGUUUUAACGUCAAAUUUAUAUUGUACCCAUUGUUGGAUCAUUUAAGCAACGGUCACUAACUAAUCCGAUUUUCAAUUCACAAGCUUUUCUGCCUCUAAGAUGUCUGGGAUUCUAUAUUUUGGAGUACGGGCUGUAUCCACUAUAGACAAAAUCUUUUUCUAAUGAUAUUCGGUGGUAUUAUGAUACAGACUUUAGCAGAAUACUCGUGUGUCAGUUAAUGCUGUCUGAACUAAAUCAUUGGUAAAGCUUCAUACGUGUGUACCAUGGCUUUGUCCGAAACUUUGAUCGUCUAUGUGAGCAUUGUAUAGCAUUUGUCUAGUCUCUAGUGUAAACGACAGCAUUCACUAGUUUUUCAUUUGUAGGUCAAAUUUUUCAAAGAAGCCAGUUGUGUGAAACUUUUUACAUUUAAAGCAUGAUAAUUAAAAGCAUAUACUUGAAGGAUGGCCUUAUCCAUAAUUUUCCAUGUAUUUAAUGACAUAAGUUCUCAUUUUAUUUAAAUAUUACCGACAAGUUUGAAUUUCAAACCGAAGUCAUUCGAUUUCAGUUGAGGUAUUCAAGCAUUACGAUUAGUCUUCAUAUCAAUAGUUUGCUCCAAAACCGAGUACAAUAAUCUAUAAUUAGUCGCAGUAAUUAUAUAUCAGAAAUGUCACUGCUGGGCUAAUCGUUAAUUUUUAAAAUAUUCUCGUUCGUACAGUAAGUGUUUCAUUAAUAGCACUAUAAAAAUAGUUCAUUUUAGAUUACAUCCGAAUAAUUUUCUGUAUCUGUCCUUCAACAUAAUAACUAAAUCUUAUUAUAUAUGUUACAUGGAAAUAACGACUAACAUCCAAAAGCAUUUUGUUUACAUUGUAAUAAUCACAGAACCAUCCGGCAUUGUGCACGAGAAUAUGAAUUUUUUUAUUUUAUCAGUGUAACAUCCUACCAUUUAUAGUCCAAUCCAUUAAAAAUUUUGGCAGAUUAUUGAAGUGAGAUACGAAGCUCAAAGUACAUAUAGUCUUAAAUCAAGAUGUAAGAUUUUGUGUAAAAAGAUACAAGCCAGUUAAUCGAUUUCAAUAAUGAAAGUCAACUAGCAGAUAUAAUUGCUUAGGUUAUGACUGUUUUCAACAUGGUCUAGUUUUUCCAUCUUGACUUCCCAAUAAACCUUUGUGAAAUUUACCUGUAGAGAGAAUUUAUUAAAUGGAAAAGAUAUUUGAAGACGAUUUAACACCAGCUGGUGAACAAUUGCUAAUAAUGGCGUACUAAGAAUCUUGGCUUGCAAAUUUUUGAUUAAAUGUAUUUCAACUCAUUUUGCUGGUAAAACUACCUCUAACUCUAAACGAUGAAUAAAUACGCAUGAAAAUUUAGGUAGUUAAGCCAAUGGGAUUUCUCUCCGAGAAGUAUAAGUAAAAAAUGCCAUUUUGAUUAUUUUCAUAAUUGGACACACUUAAAAAAUAUACCCAUACUUCUUUAUAUCACGAAGUAGUCUACAAUUUUUUAACUUCAGUUAAGUAACCAACAUGAUUUUAUUUUCAUUUAAGGUCUGAAAAGCAACCACCAUCUUGAACUGUUAAAAUUACAUGGAAAGUGGAAGACACAGAUCACCAUAUUAUCGAGAUAAUCUUAAUUUAUCAUCCCAUCAAUACAUUGAAGGUGUUGAUUCCAAUCCUGAGAUACAUGAUCGUCAAAGACCAGCUAGUGUACAAGAUUUAGAAUAUGGAGAAAUGUAUGAUUCCGGUAUACAACCACACUCAACAUCACCACGACUGAAUAAUCCAUACAUUGAUCCGUUAAUUGAGGGUGAUACAAGUGGAAUCGAUCAUCGUACAACAUCAUUAGAUCGUCGUGGUGAAUAUUAUGGUACACUGAGAGGAAAUUUUGAUUCACAAAGUGAACGAUUGACAAGAAAACCAAUUAAUCGGCAAUCAUAUACAUUGAAAUCACUUAGUUCAAACCCAGGAUUAUCCGGCAUAUUAGGUUCAACAAACCCAUCAUCAGGUCGAAGAGCGCAUUCGUAUGAUAUGAAUUUGGAAAAACAAGGUCUGACAGAUUAUAAUAGUUUAUUAGCUGCCGCUGCUGUUGGUGGCGUCGGGGCUGUUGGUAUUGGUACAAAUCCACCGAUUUAUGGUUAUCCUACUAAUCCACUACUAGACUACAGUAGUACUUUAGGCGUACCAACAUUUCCAACUAUUGGUGGUCUUGACUAUGCAACAUUACAAAGAUCUGGUGUUUAUUCAGGUCUACCACAAACACAACCAACAUCAAUACCAGCUGGUUUAAUUCCACAUAAUCCAACUACAGAUAUUACUACACUACAAAGAGAAUAUGUACGACUACAACAUGAAUUACAUGUAACUAGAGAGAAAUUAAAUGCCUGUACAAUUAGCAUACGUACAUUUUGGAGUCCUGAAUUGAAGCGUGAGCGAGCAAUGCGUAAAGAAGAGAAUGCAAAAUAUGCUAUAUUAGCUGAUCACUUACAUCAAUUACAAUUGGAAAAACAAACAAUGUUAGAAACAUUGCAUAAUAUGGAAUCAGAUUUACGUCAAGAACGUGAUAAACGAAAUCGUAGCCGUUUCAGUGGUGGUGCAAGUGAUUCAGAUGGUUUAAGUGAAUUAGACUUAGCCAAACGUCAAAUAGACGAAUUAACAUUAGAGAAUCGUCAACUUAAAAAAUCUAUUGAAGAUGCUGAUAGACGUAUAGCUAAUUUAAAAUCUAGUCUAAAUGCUACAGAGGAAAGUUUACGACGAUUAGUUGACGCAGUUAAAGCUGGUAAAUCAUCGAAUAUCAAUCCAGAAACUACAACAACUACUAAUGUAACUACUGGAGAUGGAUUAACUUCAGUCGGUGAUCAAAGUGCUAUCUCAUCUAUAAAAUUAGAUCGAAUUGAAGCAGAUAGAUUGGAAAUUUCUCGUCUAAGAAAUCAAUUAAAUGAAACAUCAACUAGAAGAAGUGAAGCAGAACGUCAACUAAUUGAAAGAAAUUUUGAAUUAUCAAGAAUAAAAGAAGAUUUUGAUGCACUUUUACAAGAACAUCGACAACUUAGACAAGAAUGUGAAACACUUCGACAUGAUACAAGACAAACUCAAACAUUACAAUCAUUGGUUGAUACAAAAGAAUCGAAAAUUUUAACUUUGGAAAAUGAAAUACGUCUUUUAGAAGAUGAAAUUACUCGUCUUCGAGAUGAUGGUCUAAUUACUCCAAAUACAUCAACUAGCAGUGGGAUUGAUGAUUUAGAUAAAACUUUACAAGUAUUUCGAAGUAACGAACGUAUUCUGAAAUCUAAAAUUGAAAUGUUAAAUAGUGAAAUUUCAAAACGUGAAUGUGAAUUAUACACAUUACAAUCACGUUUAGAAAUGACUGAUAAACAACAUCAAGAUCAAAAUCAUCAUAUUAAUGUAUUAAAAGAACAAGUGAAUACACGUGAACAUAAAAUCUCCAUGUUAACAGCUGAUGCAGAAGAUUUUCGUAAAAGAAUUAAAGAGAAAGAAAAUCUUUUAGAAAAGAAAUCAAAAGCAUUGAAUAGUGCACAAUCAGCUAAACGACAAAUUGAACAAGAAUUAACUGAACUUAAAGAUCAAAUGGAUAUAAAAGAUAGAAAAAUAUCCUUAUUACAGAAAAAGAUUGAAAAUAUAGAAGAUUUACUUAAUGAUAAAGAAACACAAUUAGCAACAGCUCAAGCUCGUCUUUCACGUAUUAGUACAGAACGUGUCAGUUCAGAUGGUGGACGUAUUGGAUGGGAGGAAACAUUAAAAGAUAAAGAUCGACAAAUUGAACGUUUAAAAGAAGCUCGUCAACGUAGUGAAUCAGAAAUUGUUGAAGAAUUAGAAACACAAAAACGUUUAAAUAAUGAAUUUAAAAAUCGUUUAGAUAUUUUACAAAAAGAAUUAGAUGAGAAAACAACACAAUUAAUGGAAAUACGCGAUGAAACAAAUGAUUAUAGAACAUCAAGAUUUAAAUUAGAAACAGAAAUUAAUCAAUUACAAUCACAAUUAAGUCAAAGAAAUUCAGAAGUGACCACUUUACAAAUGGAGAAACAAUUAUUACAAAAACAAAUAACCACUGAAUCUGAUAUGAAAUUUUUACAAAGAACAGCAGAAUUAGAAGGACAAUUAAAUCAUUAUAUGGAAAAUUCAUCUAAACUUCAAACAGAAGUAGAUCGUUUAUUAAGAACAAUUGAUACAGAAAAAUUUGAUAAAGAAAAUCAAUUAAAUGAACUGAAAGAAGAACUUCGUGAAGCACAAAAUAAUUUGAAUAAUUUAAAACGUAGUCAACAAAAUGAACGAAAAAAAUCAAGUCAACAACUUGAAGAGUCAAGACAACGUGAAGAGAAUGCACAAUCUGAUAAUGAAAUAUUAAAGGGUAUUAUAACAGAGAAAGAUGGAAGAAUUCGUGAAUUAGAACAAGCUUUGCGCGAAAGUGUACGUUUAACAGCGGAACGUGAAAUUUACGCUUCCGGUCGUGAUGAUGAAACAAGACAUUUAGAGCAACAGGUACGUGAAUUACGAAGUAAUCUGGAACAUUUUCAACGUGAAAGAAAUAAUCUCUCAGCUCAGUUAGCUUCAGCACAAGAAGAAUUAACUGAUCGUGAAAAUCAACUUAAAACUUUAGAACAAGAAUGUUUCCAGAAUUAUUUACCUGAAUUGGAAAAAUUGCGACGUUCAAAUCAUGAAGCCAAUUUACGUGUAGCAGCUAUGAUUAAACUGACACAAGGACGUGAGCAUACUUUAACUGAUCAAGAUCGUGCUGCAUUAUCUACCAUUCCUCUCUUCCCGAAUAUAUCACUUCAUGGAACUUGGUCAGGAAUGUCUGGUGGUUUAGAAAAUAUCGGUGCAACAACUGGUACAGGAAGAUCAGGUUAUUUGGCACCAUAUCAUACAGGUAGUGGUGGAUCAUUAUCUCCACAUUUAGCAGGAAGUGCAUUUCAAUUCAUUGGAAAUACUUCAUCUAGUGCUGGUAUAGGUACAGUUGGUGGUAGGGCAUCAGUACCUGGUCAAUUGAUGUCUAGCCCAGAUGUUAUUAUGUUAUCGAGAAUGUUACAGGAAAAAGAAAACAUGCUUCAACAACAUUUGCAAGAAUUAACUCGAUUAAGAUUUCAAAAUUCUGAACUUGAAAUACGUUUAAAAGCAACACAACGUGAAUUAGAUACAAAAUCGGCUAGAUUAAAUAUACUUGAAACUACUCAUUUGAAUUCAGCUACUGGAAUACAUGAUUUAGGCACAAGAUCACCAUCAAGUAAUCAAUUAUCAAAAGAAUUAGCAAUAUUACGUAAAACAAAUCAAGAAUUAAGUGUAAAGUUUAAUCAAUUACAAAUGGAAUUAGAUGAACGUUCACGUGGUGGAACAUCAACUGUUGGUGCUUACGAUAGACUGAAAUCAUCAGUUGGAUUACAUGCAACAGACUUUACAGAAAUGGCUACUUUGAGACGAGAACUUGCUUCUGCUAAAGCUGAACGUGAAGUGGAGGUUGCUAGUUUAAACAGUCAAAUGGAAUUAAUCAAACGAGAACGUGAUGAUUUGAAUGAAAAGUUUAAUGAAACAAAAUCUGAUCUUACAGAGAAAAUUCAUCAGCUACAUACAUUGGAAGGUGAAAAAGAAAAACUUAUUUCAGAAAAAGAUGCUUUACAAAAAAAAUAUGAAUCAGUUUUGAGUCAAUUAAGUGAAAAAUCUGAAAAACUUAAACAACUCGAACAAGAUUGUGCAAAAUCACAUAUUGAAGAAAUAAAAAGAUUAAAUACUGAUCUUGAUGAUUUGAAACAUCAUGUUGGUUAUUUACAAAAUACCAUCAAAAACCGUGAAAGCCGUAUUGAAACAACUGAAAAAGAAUCUUUUAAGCUAAGAGAUGAAUUAACUAAUAUACGUAAACAAUUGACAACUGCUGAAGCAGAGGUAAAGAGUUUACGUGAUGAUGCAGUUUAUAGAGAAGAACGAAUUAAGCAAAUACAAAAUCAAUAUACAGAGGAACUGGCACGACUACGUUCUACUAAUCAAGAACAAGUAACACGUAUUGGACAUUUGGAAAUGAAACUAGAUGAGAAAGGACAUCAAUUAAAGAGUCAAACAAGUGAAAUUCGUUGUCAAGCUGAUGAAAUUACUCGCCUACAGUCUACAAUCGAAGAAACCAAUAAUCGAUUAUCAGUUAAUCAGAAACGUGCAGAAGAACGUGAAAUGAGAUUAAGAAAACUUGAAAAUGAAAAUCAUGAUUUAUUAGAUGAAAUUCAUGGUCUACGUAAAGGUAACACAGAGUUGGAGAGUCAAAUUGAUAGUUUAAGACAACGUUUGUUGGAUAGACAAGAAUCAACAGAAUCUGUUACUGGAGUACCAUUAACAUCUACUAGAAUAUAUCAACCAAGUAUGGGAUUAUCUACAACCUCCAGUCAAGAAUUAGACAGAUUACGUAAACAGUAUACUGAAAUGAAAAUAUCUUGUGAACAAGCACAAAAAUCAUUUGAAGAAACUCAAAUACAAUAUGAUCAAAUGAAAAUUCAAUAUGAUCAUUUACAAGUACAAUAUGAACAAGAAAACGAAAAAUGUAAAAAAUUAGAAGAACAAUUACGAAAUAAAAUCAAUGAAUUAAAUGAACAAAUUUCUGAUACGCGUACUUCAACCCAACCUACUCAUCAGUUGACGUUAAAAAUUGAAGAACUUCAUAAAGAACUGGAACGUAAGGAAGCUCAGAUUACAUGCUUGAAUAAACAGAUAGAUCGUCAAUAUACAUCAUUAUCGACUACACCAGAUGCACGUCAUACUGAUUCCACUAAUCAACAAUUAUUAAUAGCUGAUUUACAAGUUCGUCUUCGUCAAGCUAUUGAAGAUCGUGAUAUUGCACGUGAACAAUUGACAACUAAUUUAACUAGAGCUGAAACGUCUACACUGGAUAUACAACAACAAUAUAUGUUGGAUAAACAAAAUUUACAACAACAAAUUACAAAUUUAACACAAUCCGUACAAAAUGCUACAAAUGAAUCAGAACGCUAUCAAAGAGAAUUCAAACAAGCUAGUUCACGUGUUCAACAACUUAGUCGUCAAUUACAAGAAACACAAUCAAACUGUGAUUCAAUUGCUCGACAAAGAGAUAGUUUAAGAGAUCAAUUAGAUCAGUUAAAACGUAGUAUGGGACGAACUGGUUCAGGUACAGUAACUAAUAUAUUUGGAAUAAGUAGUUCAACUAGUGGUAUGCGUCCAGCAUCUGCUGGUCCUGGAAAUUAUGAUAAUAUUCCAUUAUAUGGAACAACACCUGGAACAAUUCAACUUUCUAGAGAAAUGGAUCGUUUACAUAGAGAAUGUGAACAUUUACAAAAUCAAUUAAGAACUAGUCAAGAAUCAGAACAAGAAGCUCAUAAUUUAGUUGAUAAUUUAAAAAAUGAUAUAAAGAAUCUUACAAAUGAUGUUGAACAAUUCAAAGAACAAAUUAAAGAAUUAGAAAAACAAAAAAAUGAAUGUAACAAUGAAUUAAUCAAGACUCAACGCGAACUUCAAACGAAAUCGGAUGAAGCAAAAGAUAAACUGACCCAUACACAACAACUGUUGAUUGAGAAAACAAGUCAGCUUGAAAAUGCAGUGAAUCAACUGAACAAUGUACGACAAUAUUGUUCAGAACUUGAACAACGUAUCAAUGAAAUGUCACAACGACUAAAUAUGGCAGAAUCACAUACUCAACAACAAGCAGAUGAAUUAAAACGUUGUCAACAACUAGAAUUUGAAUGUAAUCAAUUACGUAAUGAAAUGAAGGCUAGUCAUAAUGAAGUACAACACUUACAAUUACAAUUAGAUCAAUUAAAUAGAGAAUAUCAAAAUCAAGGAAGAAGAAUAGAACAAAUGACUAUUGAAUUAAGUACAUCACAAGCGAAUACAAAUCAAAUGAAACAAGAAUUACAAUUAUAUAAAGAACGUAAUAAAGAACUUGAAAUAAAAAUUACUGAUACACAUGAAACAAUAAAAGAAUCAGAAAGUGAAACGUUGAAUAUUUUACGUGCGGAAUUAAAAGAUUCUCAAGUGAUUAAACAACGAUUUGAAGAAAGAAUAAAUUCAUUACAAGAAGAUUUAAGGCAUACACAACAAGAAUUAGAUGAAAAAACUAGAGCAUUAGAUGUAUUGGAAAAUACUCAUCUUCGAAAUCAAUCUGAAGAAAUAAUCAAUUUGCAGAAAGAGCUAAACAAUGCACGUGUACAAAUUGAAGAGCUUGGAGGUCCUAUCGAACCAGGUUCUAAAUUGAAAGGAUCACCUCUAAAAGUGGAAAUUGAUACAUUGAAAAAAGAAAUUAGUAAACGUGAAGAUGCAAUUAAUCGUAUAGAAAAAGAAUGUCAAGAAAAGCAUAUACAUCGUAUUGAAACAAUGCAAUCACAAUUACGUCGAUUUGAAGAAGAAACUGCUAAUUUAAAUCAAGUUUUAGAUGAACAAAGAGUUGGAUUAGAAGAAAGAGAUCGUGUUAUUCGACAAUUACGAUCGGAUCAAGCUCAAGGAUCAUUAAUUGAACUUGAGAAAUUAAAAGCUGAACAUAAUGGUUGUAAAGAUAAAAUUGAACAAUUGAACAAACGUAUUGCCACAUUGAAUAAGCAAGUUGAAGAUCAAUCUGAUGAAAUUUUAACAAUCAAACUGGAAUCACUUACCGCUUCAUUAUGUGAAAAAGAAGCCAAUAUUGCUUUAAUGGAAUUGACUGCUCCAAAGAAUACAACUUCUAAUCAAGCUUUAGAAAAAUUACGAAUUGAACGGGAUCAAUUACAACAACAACAAAAACAACUUAGUAAUACACGUGCUAUGCUUUUAGAAGAAAAAAUGUCACGUCGAUAA